AUGGACCCCCUGCCACUGGAUCAGGGUGUGGCAGGGGUAGUCCCGGAAACGGGUACAUACCCCUCAAGCCUGGACCCCCUUUGUCUCCAGGCUCCCGAAGGCGAGAACCAGCCCAGUACCGAAGUGGAUCUGUUCAUAUCGACGGAGAAGAUCAUGGUGCUGAACACAGAACUGAAGGAGAUAAUGAUGGAUCACGCACUAAGGACCAUCUCGUAUAUCGCCGACAUUGGGGACCUGGUCGUGUUGAUGGCCAGACGGAGAUUUGUACCCCACGAGAGCGACUCCGACCAACCGAAAUUGAACCGUACCCCUAAGAUGAUAUGUCACGUUUUCGAAAGUGAAGAGGCUCAGUUCAUAGCGCAGUCGAUCGGGCAGGCGUUCCAAGUCGCUUACAUGGAGUUCCUCAAGGCGAACGGAAUAGAGGACCACAGCUUCGUCAAGGAGAUGGACUACCAGGAGGUGCUGAACAGCCAGGAGAUAUUCGGCGACGAGCUGCAGAUGUUCGCCAAGAAGGAGCUCCAGAAGGAGGUGGUGGUGCCGAAGACCAAGGGCGAGAUCCUGGGGGUGGUGGUGGUGGAGUCGGGUUGGGGGUCCAUGCUGCCGACGGUGGUGAUUGCGAACCUCGCGCCGGCCGGGGCGGCCGCGAGGUGCGGCCAACUUAACAUAGGCGACCAAAUCAUAGCGAUAAACGGCGUCAGCCUAGUGGGACUGCCGCUGUCGACGUGCCAGACGUACAUAAAGAACUCUAAGAACCAGACUGUGGUGAAACUCACCGUGGUGCCGUGCGCCCCCGUCGUGGAGGUCAAGAUAAAGCGGCCGGACACCAAGUACCAGCUCGGGUUCAGCGUUCAGAAUGGCGUGAUCUGCAGCCUGCUCCGCGGCGGCAUAGCGGAGCGGGGCGGGGUGCGCGUCGGCCACAGGAUCAUCGAGAUCAACUCGCAGAGCGUGGUGGCGGUGCCGCACGAGCGCAUCGUCAACCUACUGGCCACCUCCGUGGGCGAGAUACUGAUGAAGACGAUGCCCACGUCGAUGUUCCGCCUGCUUACCGGGCAGGAGAACCCCGUGUUCAUA